CGGAAACAAACCCUAAAAAAUCUCUGUCCUAAUCUAAGAUUUUUUCCCCCUUUUCCUUUCGACAAACCACAAAAUCGAGCUCAAGGUUAUGUGAAUCAAACCCGGUUCCGGGAGAGAUUUCACGAAAAAAUAUUCAGAUCUACGUAAAGGGGUAUCGGUGUUAUAUGAUUUUGGAAGGAGAAUGUCAGAUUAUAUAAAGAAUGAUUCGAUUCAAAUUAGAGAUGUUUGGUGCGAUAAUCUGGAAGAGGAAUUCAAUUUGAUUCGAGAAAUUGUUGAUGAGUAUCCAUAUGUUGCUAUGGAUACUGAAUUCCCUGGAAUUGUGUUGCGUCCAAUUGGGAAUUUCAAAAACAGCUCUGAAUUUCAUUAUCAAACAUUAAAAGCUAAUGUUGAUAUGUUGAAGUUGAUUCAAUUAGGUCUUACUUUUUCUGAUGAAGAUGGGAAUUUACCAACAUGUGGAACAGAUAAAUGUUGUGUAUGGCAAUUCAAUUUUAGGGAAUUCAGUGUAAGUGAUGAUGUUUUCGCAAAUGAUUCGAUUGAGUUGUUGCGAGAAAGUGGGAUUGAUUUCAAGAAGAAUAAUGAGAAUGGAAUUGAUGCACAUCUUUUCGGCGAGUUAUUGAUGUCGUCUGGGAUUGUUUUGAAUGAUAAUGUUCAUUGGGUGACGUUUCAUAGUGGAUAUGAUUUUGGUUAUCUGUUGAAACUAUUGACUAGAAAAACUCUUCCAGAUACUCAAGUUGGUUUCUUCAAUCUGAUCAAGACGUUUUUUCCAACGGUUUAUGAUAUUAAGCAUUUGAUGAAGUUUUGUAAUAGUCUUCAUGGUGGGUUGAACAAGUUAGCUGAAUUGUUGGAAGUUGAAAGGAUUGGAAUUUGUCAUCAAGCUGGUUCGGAUAGUUUACUCACUGCAUGUACAUUUAGAAAACUCAAGGAAUCUUACUUUGGUGGAUCAACUGAGAAAUACUCAGGUGUGUUGUAUGGUUUGGGUGUUGAGAAUGGCGAUUGAAAUGAAACAAAUGUUGUUAAAAUAGUAUGAAUAUUAUGAAGAAAAAAAAAAGAAAAUAUGUUGUUGUGUUUGAUUUUUACUACCUGAGAGAUGGGUUUGUUGUUGAGAUUACCAUUCUCUGUAGUUUGUAGUACACAUCUCUUUGGCAAAGGAAAUUUGGCUUUUUAAGUUA